AUGUCCAAUACCGGUAGCAUAUCACAGAAGAAUGACGAUAGCACUCAAAAUACCAAUCAGUAUGACUCUUCGCUCGGGGAUCAAGAUACCUUAACGAACAAGAGUCUAGGAACGAAUGGUAGUCUUAAUAGUGCCAAACAACAAAGCCGACGAAGUGUUUCCUUUGAUGAUUUGCCACUAGAUGGUGGAAGUGGUAUAUUUACUACCUCAAGUGGAAGUGGUGCUUUCAGCGUCCAUUCAGGAAGCGUUUCCAAGCUAUCCAAUGAUAAAUCUGUGUUGUCAUUAUCUUCCUUGCGGUCAGAUGGUCGAAAAGGAGAGUUGAGCAUACUACGGAAGAAGCGACAACGAAGUGUAGAGAGUCAGCAAGCAAUGGAAGAACUGACCAUCAAUAAGCUUGACUUCAAAUCGAUGGGCCUCAUCGGAAGAAAGCAAGAAAUAGAGACACUGAAAUUAUGUUAUGCCAGACUUUUGUUGCAGGAAGACAAUGAUGAUACUGAAACCGAUACAAAACCUGAGUCGAAGAAUGAACUCGUCUUUAUUCGAGGAUUUAGUGGAGCUGGCAAAUCAAAGUUGGCGAGGACGAUGUCGUCGUUCAUUGAAGCUACGCCAAAUGGUGUUUACGUGGAAGGGAAAUACGAGUUCACUGCUAUGGAUCAGCCAUAUUCGGGGAUCGCCCAGGCUUUUGGGAAACUGUGUGCCAAGAUUCAUGAUUCUCCUGAAGACGCUAUAGCGAAAAUGUCCAAGGCUGUCACCGAACUAUUAAUGGAAGAAGCCAAGAUGUUAGUACGACUGAUACCAGAGCUGAAUGUCCUGAUGGAUGAUCAAGCAACCGAAAAGACAAGUGUUGACAACAUGGAAACCGAACGAGGACAAGAGCGGUGGAAGUAUGCCUUUAGAACUCUUACUCGAAUAUUGGGGUCUUACUUUCAUCCUUUGGUGCUCAUGUGGGAUGACCUACAAUGGGCGGACGUGUCAUCGUUGGAUGUGCUUGAGUAUUUGAUAUCUGACGUGCACAAUACCCAUCCACUGAUGAUUAUUGGAUGCUAUCGAUCGGACGAAGUUACUGAGAAUACGAUCCUCUUCCAUCGCAUCCAAACUUUGCAAAGCAAAUGUGACCAGUUCUCAUUUCGAAUCACAGAUAUUGAAGUAAACAGCUGUGAUGUAAAUGCUGUCAACGAGAUGAUAAUGUCGAUGAUGUCCCUUGAUGAUGAAAGCAAGACUCGAGAGCUGGCAGAAGUAUGUUUCAAGCGAACCCAUGGUAAUCCUUUCUUUGUGAUAGAAUUCAUGGCCAUGCUACAAGCCGAAGGCUUAGUUGCAUACAAUCUGGGUCUCCUUAAGUGGGGAUUUGAUGUUGCAAAGAUUGAAGACGCGACCAUGUCGACUGCCAACGUUGUAAGUCUUCUGCAAGCACGAAUGCGCAAGCUUCCUGAUAAUGCGCAAUUAUUAUUGCAGUAUGCGGCUUGUCUUGGAGCGUCAUUUUUCUUGGCAACCCUCAAGUUUCUUUGGGAGGAUCACGCAAGCAUAGCGAUGAUUGACAGUGCUCAAUCGAAUUUUUCCCAAAUGCUGAGAGUAGUGCAGGAUGCAAAGCUGAUUGAGACGUGUGGUUCGGAUGAACUACGAUUUGUUCACGACAAAGUCCAAGAAGCAGCUUUGUACCUUUCCGAUUUGGUCAAUCCCUCUUUUCAAUUUGGUCUGGGCCUUUGCCUGUAUCGUGGCCUGGAUCCAACGGAUUUGGAAGAACAGUUAUUUGAUGUCGUGGAUCUGAUCAAUCAAGGUAACGCCACCAACAAAGUCGAACUAGCCAGACUCAAUCUACGUGCAGCAAAGAAGGCUCGAAGGAUAUCAGCAUUCCAAUCGGCAGCGAACUACUGUUUGAACGGCAUCAAGCUACUUCCGAGUGAUCCGUGGACUGAAGAACAUCGUGAACUGACUUUGGACUUGUACACGCUAGGAUCAGAAAUGGAGUUGGCUGUUGGGCAUGUUGACAAAGUGGAAGAAUAUGUGACAGCUGUACUAGCGCAAAAGGAAUGUACUCGAAUGGAAGUAGUGCCAGUUAAGAUGAUUUCCGCGAAGUUGCGAGCAACCACGCAAAUGCGCUUCAAUGACGCAAUCGACAUUUGUCUUGAACUAUUGAAAGAGAUGGACUACAAGCUCGUAUGGUCUCAACAUCUUGUGGGUAUCCAAGCGAUCAAGCUGGCGAUGCAGACGAUAAAGAGUUUCAAAAAGCUACCACUAGAGCAUUUUGACAGUCUUCAGAAGAUGAAAGAUCCGAAGCAGCAGGCAAUUGUGACUCUAGUUUCAAGAGUACAGUAUUCUGCAUUCCAUGCAAAGAGGAUGCUCUUAAAUAUUCUUUGCACGUGUCGGUUGGUUGAAUUGACCCUUGCACAUGGUAUCAGCGAAUUUUCGGGAGCGAGUAUUGCGUCACUCGCAACUUUAGUACUUUUUUUGCAAAAUGACCAAGAAACCAUGGUGGAGUUCAGUGAAAUUGCAUUCUCCUUGCAGGCAAAGUAUGGGGGUAGCCGUUUUGCUGACACCACAUACAUCUUGUAUGGUCAUGCACUUUCUUGGGUCAGACCUCUACAUGCUUGUCUGACGCCGACUUUGGAUGGAUACACUCAAGGUCUGAGAUCUGGCGACAACGAGUGUUCAAUGUGGAAUCUCAUUGCUCAUUUUGUAUUUUUUCCGUAUGCAAUGGGAUCUCCGCUUGCCCCGAUACUGGGGGACUGUCCGAAAGUUUUGUUGCAGUUGGAAGAGGCAAAGCUCAAAGAUCAUUUAUUGGUCCUUCGGGUUAUGUUUCAGAUGAUUGUGAAUUUACAGUUGCCUCCAGGGGAAGAACCCGAGAAACUUAAUGGAAUCCAUUAUUUUUUUCGAGAGGGCGAAGAUGGGACAGAAAGUGCUUCACAUAUGGGCACUCUUCAUCUUGCACAAGGCGAGCUGAUGGUCUUUCAUGGCAAUUACAAAGAACUUGCGAACCGCGCUAUUUCCAAGGGAGACUACUAUUCGGGAUGUCUGACGGGUAUAUUUUUGAUUCCAAUGGAAACUUUCCACAGAGGAAUCGCGCUCUAUGCCAUGGCUCGACGAACCAAAUCGCGAAAAUUCAAGUCUCGAGCAAAGAAAAUACGAAAACAAGUUAAGAAGUGGUCGAAUGAUGGAAACCCAAACGUAAAGCACUACGACAUGAUUUUGAAUGCGGAACAGGCAGUACUUGACAAGCAAUAUAAUAGGGCAGAUGAGCUGUAUAAGGAAGCAAUUGUUUAUACUGCUCGAACAGGCCACUUGCACCAUGCAGCUCUUUCCAACGAAAGAUAUGCUGACUACAGACUGUUGCGCAGCGAUGUCGAUGAUGCCAAGUAUCACAUGACAGAAGCAAUUCGGUAUUAUAGGGAAUGGGGAGCAGUCGGUAAAGCGGAAAAAUUGAAAAAAGAAAUGGACGAGCUUUGA